ACCUGCUGAUUCCUGUUAGACUCAUACACAGCUUGUCGUAGUAAAGGGCUGUCACUGGGACCAGUUCAACCAUUAAAGGGUGGUUUUUGUCGGUGCGCAACGUCGGAAAACCGCAUCUUGGACACCAAAUAUAUUGCUUUAGUAAAAUGGCCUCUUUCGAUGGAAUUGUUGUUAUUUUUCUUGUGACGGUGGCAUCAAACUUUUGACCGACUUACCGGCCGCUCAGAAUAAAGUUUCCCAUGGUGCACUUUAUCCCGCAGCAGCAAAACGCGCAACGGGGAUCAGAAAUGAAACCAGGAGCAACUCUAUUCUGUGAAUUUUGCUUAAGGAAGUAUUUCAAAUGGCUUGAUACGAGAUUCUUUCUUCGCUUUUGAUCUACAGUUGUGACAGAUAACCGCGCGCACGGACGGACUUUGGUUACCAUUACGCAGAUUUAACGUUUGGAUAAAACGAGUGAAGCUCCAAGCCAGACAGAGAGCACAGCGGGACAACAUCAUGACCAGCUGCUUGCUUGCCUUGGUCGGAUUGUGGUGGAGCGCUUAUUAUUGCAUGUUCCCGGUCGCGGGGAGUAAUUAUUCACUGGAUGGAAACAACGAAGUGCACCCGGGUUUCAUCCACCGGCGGCUGCGGACGCACGAGAAGAGGGAGAUGCAGAAGGAGAUCCUGUCCAUCCUCGGACUGCCGCACAGACCGAGACCACAUCUGUCACACGGAAAAUACAACUCCGCUCCACUUUUUAUGCUGGACUUAUACAACACCAUAUCAAGCGAGGAGAAGAGCCAGGUGGAGGGCAUCCUGGACCGAUACCAGUCCAUGCGGACAACCCAGAGUCCGCCUCUGGCCACAUUUCAAGAAACUGCCUUUCUUAAUGACGCCGAUAUGGUGAUGAGUUUCGUUAAUUUAGUGGAGUAUGACAGGGAGCUCUCUCCACAGCGGCGUCACCACAAGGAGUUUAAGUUCAACCUCUCUCAGAUCCCUGAAGGCGAGGCGGUCACCGCGGCCGAGUUUCGCCUCUACAAGGAGUGUGUGAGCCGCGCCUUCCGCAACGACACCUUCCUGCUCAAAGUCUACCAGGUGGUCAAGGAGCACCCUGACAGGGAGGCAGACCUAUUCCUACUUGAGUCUCGAAGGCUGUGGGCAGCUGAGGAGGGUUGGCUGGAGUUUGAUAUCACUGCCACAAGUAACCUGUGGGUGAUGAGUCCAGUGCACAACCUGGGUCUGCAGGUCAGCGUGGAGACCAGCAGCGGGCAGAGCAUCAGCUCCAAGGAGGCGGGGCUUGUUGGACGUGAUGGCGCUCUUGAGAAGCAGCCAUUCAUGGUAGCGUUCUUCAAGGUCAGUGAAGUGCACAUCCGCACCGCCCGCUCCACUGGGGGAAAACGUCGGCAGCAGAAUCGCAACCGAUCGACACAACCGCAGGACGGAUCCAGAGGGCCAGGCCCAGCAGAUUACAACAGCAGUGAUCAGAAGACAGCCUGCAGAAGACACGAGCUCUACGUCAGCUUCCGCGAACUGGGCUGGCAGGACUGGAUCAUUGCUCCUGAAGGCUACGCAGCCAACUACUGUGAUGGAGAGUGCUCCUUCCCCUUAAAUGCCCACAUGAAUGCCACCAACCACGCUAUUGUACAGACACUGGUCCACCUGAUGAACCCUGAGAACGUCCCAAAGCCAUGCUGCGCCCCCACCAAACUCCACGCCAUUUCAGUGCUGUACUUUGACGACAACUCCAACGUCAUACUGAAGAAAUACAAGAACAUGGUGGUGCGGGCAUGUGGCUGCCACUGACACCACAGAGGAUCAGCGGGGUUUGACUGAAGGCUGGGUUGGCAAAGGGCUGCAAAUGCAUCAGUGACAACUGGGUGAGGUUGACCACCACUUGAUACCAGUUUCCUGCCUGAAGGACGUGUCCACCCUCGAGGACAUUUACACCUUCUAUUCCAAUCAUUCUGGACAUUUAAAAACAUCUGUCUACUCAUACAAACUUUGAAAACUAAAACCAAGUAUGUCACUUGGAGGGGACCAUUGCAAAAAUGAAGCCAUAUACAGUAGGUGUCGUCUAUGAGGCAACUUCACUCCCGUGUUGAGCCACUGAGUUGUCGAGUUGUCACCUUCUCCAUCAGCUGUGGAGUGGAGCCGUCACUUCAUGGGUCUGCUAGUGAGUGAAAGGCUGUGUGUGUGUGUGUGGGGAGGAGGGGGUGUUUCAAUUUGUAUAUUAUGUGUUAAUGGAAGUGUGUGUAUGAACGCCUCAAAGGCUACUGCACCUUCUCCCUCAGUAAGAGGGUGAGGGCGAACCUGAACUGUUGUGGGACCAGUCAGAGUGCUGCUUUCUUUCCCUUCUCUCCGACAAAGAAACAGAAUUACUGAUGAUCCGUUUCUCUUCAGCGUGUGACCCUGGGGUGUACGACGGCACUUAAACCAACUCUAGUCUGUGACUUCACCUGGUCAAACUGUUCAUACAUGCUAUGAAUUAAGCACAGACGUAUGAAAGGAACAACAGAUCCCAGCCCAAACAUUCACAUACUGCAUAUAUGAUGCAUUGGAGGCAGUAGAUUCACAUUUCCUUCAUUUUUACUAAUGCAUUUUCUUCUAAAGCCUUAUUUGCCUUCCUAAAAUAUAAUAUGGACUGAACCAAAGUGACCACAGGCUAUUUCAGUCGUGCACUGCUCCAAAUAUCUCCUCCAUGUCAAUAUUUGCCAGGCUCACGCUGAGCUGCGAUUCACCAGGCUGGUUCAACAUGAUGCAUGUUGUGGCUAAACUGAUGUUUUCCUCCAAAGAACCGAAGAAUACGGCCUUAUCCCUCCGACAUACCGCAAAUGGCCAUUUCCAUGUUGCUGCACUCACAAAGUUAACAAACGCUUCCACCCUUGACAACCCAUCAAGAGAUUGUGGAAAAACAUUUAGCGAGUCAAAAACAGCCGGCAGAAGGGCUGCUGUGCCAGUUUUCUGAAAUUAGCCCUUUACUUUUUCAACCCUGAGGGUGAAAUUAUGUCGAGUUUUGUGUCCAGUGGCAACGUCUUUCCAGUUGAACUUGUUACUGUGAGCUUUGAGUUCUUUGAAUGACAUGGGAUCUUUUAGAGAACAUAUUUUAAUGAAAAACUAAUACCAAUAAGAAUCAAAAUACCUUAUGUGCCUAACCAACCAUAAAUUACAAAAUAUACCUCUGGUAAGCUGCUGUUUACAUGUGAUCAUGUUAAGACUGUUUUUGUAAAUACUUGUACAUUUUCGGCUUAUUUAUUGCACCUUUAUUAAAAAAAAAAAAAAAAAAAAAUCACAUACCUUAUUAACAGACA